CCCGGUGAUGAUUUUGGAUUUUUAUCCCAAAUUAGCUAGGUUGACUCAGUAGACAUGGUCCUAAUAUCCCAAUUGUAAAGAACAAAAUGAUUUUUAGCUUGCUUUGAAUUUCAUCUAAUUUUUAUGUUUCCUGCUUCAUUUCCGUUUUCAACUUAAUUUUAUUUCUACUCAAUUCAAAAAUUUUAAUUGAAAAUUUAUCCGUCUUGAUCUCAAAAUUAUUUGAAUAAUUUCAUAUUAAAAUUGAAAUUAGGGCCCAAUUGAGUAUGUAAGGUCGAAAAACCUUGCCAUGGCGCCAUACUAGACGCCUCUGGACACUCCCUCAAACAUAUUUCCACUAGGGUCAAGUCAAUAGGAACCAAAACCCACCCAAAAUCUCUGCACUGCCAUCCUUCCUUAGCUUCCAUGGAGGAGCCACAAUUGCUGCUGCAGCAGCAGGAAGAAGAACAAUCACAAUCAGUAUCUCUUCAAGAUUGCUUGAAGUUACUAAAAGGCGAGCGAGACGAGCAACGCCUCGCUGGCUUGCUUCUCGUCACCAAAUCCUGCAAAAGCGACGAUCUCGUUUCCAUUAGGGCUAUCUACGACGCCGUUGGACCUCACUUCUUGGACCGUCUCUUAAGGACCGGGUUGGGUAAAGGUGUAGUGAGCAGUGGUAGUGGUGAAAACCGGGAUGCGUAUUUGCAGCUGUCAGUGACGGUUCUGUCUGCGUUUUGUCGAGUUUCUGAGAUUGCUUCUUCGAAAGAAAUGGUUUCCAAGGUUCCAAUGAUUUUUGAAGUAAUGUCAAUGAAAUCAGGCAUGCCUGUGCUUGAAGAAUGCUAUGAAUUUUUAUACUUGGUGUCAACCGCUUCUGAGGAUGGACUUACAGCAGUGUAUGAAUCCGGAGGGAUAAAAUUACUUGCUCAUCAAAUGUCCGCUCUGCCAGAUGGGUCUCGUUUGAUGGAACUUGCCACGAAGCUUGUCCAAUUGAUGCUAAAGAAGCUGUCACAAGGCAUCGUUGAGAACGACCAUCUCUCGGAGCUGUCAGUCAUUGUGACCAAAAUAGCAAGACAGUUUGCUCUCCUACAAAAUGCCUUGAAGUUUGAAGCACUUCACUUAUUGUCUGCCAUCUUCUCUUCAGAAUACUCGACACUCCUUCACGAUGCUCUCCGUGUUAUUCAAAACGAAAACUGGUCAAACCAUAUGCGUGAUGGUGUUGCGACAAUUUUACAGAACCGUGUAGCACCUGCUGAAAAAUUUGAGGCCCUUAUCCUAGCUGAAUCCAUGGUAACUAUAAAGGGUGAGGGUUGGCUGAUUGGUCAAAUAAACUUGCCUAAUGUACAGGAUCCUAUUCCAGCUGACAGGUGUCUAUUGCUUGUCUUAGAGUCAUCACGGGUUGAAGUUGCUGUUUUGCUGAAUGAGCUAGCCUACUCGAAAUAUGAAGCUUCUAAGAGUUCUUCAUCAACAGCUGAAACAAUAAUCUCAAAGCAACAGAAAGUGACUGUUGUCUUUUCAUUGGUGGAGAAGAUAAUAAAGUUGAUAUCAAACAUUGGUGAAACUGAAGGGCACCUUCUCGAUGAAAAUACUUUCAUAAAGGCGAUCAAUGGGCUUAAUGAGACAAUUGGUGUGGUUCUAGAGUAUCUGCAAGAUGCAAAGGAACAUGGGCAAAAAGUAGGAAAUGAUCUUCUUGCUUCAGUACGUCUUGUUGGGAGCUAUCUUGCAGAAGCACCUGUUGCAUGCGAAGAUAAAAUCACGGAACUUUUGGGAUAUAUGCUUUCAGUUGAAGGUGAACAUGAAUCAAGCCCAUUUUACUCUGUAUGCUUUCUGCUCCCAAUGUUGUGUCAAAAGACUAUGAAAAUUGAAGGAUGCAAACUUCUGGCUUCUUCCGGAGGUUAUAAAGCUGUGGUGGACUGCCUCAUGAAGUUGAUUGAGCAAAACAGAAAUGGGGUCGAGAAUAAUGGUUGCAUUUUCUUGGCGUGUGAUACAAUUAUGAAUCUUUUAAAGAUGGAGCAAAUUACCUUUUCAGAAGAUGAAUCAACAUUUAUUAGUCUCUUGAAAGCAUUGGCACUUUGGACAGAGAAAACUAAUGACCAAUCUUUUAUUAUGAUGGCUUCAAGCAUUUGCACUUUGAUAUUUGACAUGACAUCCGAAAAUGCUCUUUUGAAUCAUCCUAGUUUUAGUAGCAGCUGUCUUGAUAGCCUGUCACGGCUCAUUGCAAGAAGUUUGGCUUCAUGGGGACAGGAUAUGUCUGAUGCUGCUAAAGCAGAUAUGGAUCUUCUAGAGAUUGUUACUGCAGGAUAUUCUCGAUGGGCUGAUCGGUUCCCUCAAAUACAAAAAGCAGUUGGGAGAUAAUCAAUGUAACUACUUAGUUUCCUUGAAGGUAAUAUAUUAUACUGGUAAUUUUCUUUUUAAUGAAGAACCCUCCGAUUGUUAAACCUGUCAAUUGUGUCUUGAACCCGAAUAAGCCUACCCAAAUAACACAUUUGAAUCAACUUGAUUUGAUCAUAAAAAACCAACCUAAACUCAAAAAUGACCCAGACCAUAAAUGACUAGAACCGGAAUAACCCAAAUCUAAAAUGUGCCGAACAAGUAACCUGUAACCUGUAGUGAUCUGAAACCGAGAUGAUCCUACUUUUAAACUUGAACGUCCAGGACCCAAAAUGACCCUUGAAAUUGUGAUUCAGGAAUUUAGUUAUGUAACUUGUAGUUCUCACUGAUAAUUCUCGGGUAUAUGGUUGAAUUGUGUGUCCAUGCACCUCUGGUGACAUGACCGGCGAGGAUGGAUUGAAUAACACAGCAAAGGAAACCUAUAACUUUAUCUUCUUACCUCGAGCCAGCUUAUCGACGUGUUUGAAAAAAACACAGCAAGGCCAACGGAACAUGGAGUGUAAUAAUGGGGAAUGCGUUUGAAAACGCACAUGAUUUGACUCUAAUUUCCUGUUUUACAUAUACUAGAAAUUAAGGUAGAAUUGUAACAUAUUUAACAAAUGCGUGCACGGAUGGUUGGGUCAGAUGACAGUUUGAUUUUUGUAGUUUUCAAGUUUUAGAAGCCACAUUUCACCCACUAACCUUGAAUCAUUCAAAAGUGAUGUUUUUAAAGUUUAGUAAUGCUAGGUAUGGUUGGUUGAAA